AGCUUAUAACACCGUUUGCGCCUUUACGGUGUUGUACAGCCAUCGUCUCCGUUUGUUAGGGUUUCUGUAGUGGAAAUUUGAAAUUCAAUUGAGUUUGAAUAAUCGAAAAUUUUAGCUAUUAGCUUAACGAAUUCUAUUAUCCUGAAGUUCAAUUUCUCCUAAUGGGGAGAAGGAAAGAGCGUAGGAUCGCGGCUAUCGCCGCCGGUCGGAGAGUAAAGCUCGAUCUUUUUGCGGAACCCUCUGGAGAUGUGGGUAGCUCCUCUACCAAAGAGGACGUUGGAGGGGCUGUUGAUGCACAAAAUCAAGCCGGGUUACCCAGUUCACCAUCAUCUUCAGGUGGGUUCCGUCAGUUUUCCUCAAAAGGACUGAUCUUUGUAGAGAAGGAAUGAUGUUGACCGCAUUAUUUUGGUGGAAAUUUAUUAAUAAAUUUUCAAAGUGCAAGACUAUUGUUUGUACCUCGAAAGAUUUUUGUUCUCAGACUGUAGAAUGGCUGUGGUAUUGGGACAUUCAUUUGGUCAUCCGAUUACGUCAGGCCCUCCCCUGCCACCCUGAAUUAUUGAAUAUUCUUUCGAGUUUUUGACCUUUUAUGUCCGUUUCUGGUGGCAUCUUGGCAACUGAAGAAGUUCCACAAGGAUAUAUUACCUCCCUCGGUUCGUAUGACUCUGGCUUUUGCACUUUAUUCCCAGCUGACAAGUUUCCUAUGUUUGUACAGGUAAACAACCCGAGAAUCCUUUAGUUUUGCUGGGCCAAUACAGUGAUGAUGAGCUGGAUGACGGAUCAAGUGGAGAAGAGAAACGGGUGAUACCUGAAGAUUCCCUUGUUUUGCCUGAUGAUAGCCAGGUGAUUUCCUUGCACCUUUGCAUCUUGCCACUUUUGGCGGACUCUUUUUUCCUGUUCUGUUUGCCAAGUGAUUUCCUUCAUAGUUCAUCGAACCAACUUUCAUGGAUAAAUAGGAAACUUGGCUGUCAAAUGAAGUUGUUCUGUAUAGUAGUUGCAGCCAUUGCUUUUAUGGAGUACUAACUGUUCUUGUCAAUUGUUUUUCCUUUCUACCUUGCAUAUUUGGUAUUGGACAUCUAUUUCUUUGUUUGAACCUUGGAAUGCACUGAUUUUUUUGUCUCUUCUCUUAGUCAGAUAGUAAUUUUAUGAUACGAUACCUUGCUGAGUGGGUUCCUUACAAUCAUACUAUAGAUUGUUGUGGUCCAGUAGAUGGUAAAUGUCUGUCGUGAUCCUAAAAUUUGGAAGGAUUAAGAAAGAAGGGAAGAAAAUAAUGAAGAAUUAAGAGGGUAAAUGAGUUUGGUAAAGUCAGAACCUGAUUGCUUGUUUUCAUUCAUGCGCUGAACCCUAUAGUUUCUCAUUUAAUAGGGAAAGGUUGCUGGUAAACAAGGUAAUGAAGAACGUUUUAAUGAAGGAAGUAAUGGUGCUAUUGAAACAGAGAAGGGGCCUCUCUUAUUGGAUGCCACGUUAAGUCCGGAAGCAGUUGGAACUGCAGCAGAUGUGCUGGAUGAUAAUCGUUUUACUGGGAAAACUCCUGCUGCUUCAACAUCUGAUACAGAAGCUGGGGAUAUGAGUUCAGGUUGGAAGAUCGUAUGGCAUGAAGAAAGUAAUCAGUACUACUACUGGAAUAUUUCUACUGGCGAGACUUCAUGGACCGUUCCAGAAGUGUUACAGGCAGGAGGUGGGAGUGAGACUGCUAAUACUGGAGAAAAUGAGAAAGCAAUUAAUGUCGCAGAUGCCACCUACCCAAACAUUGAAAUGACUGAAGCCGGUGAAUGCAAAAUGAGGGCUGAAACGUGGGGUGCAGAUUCUUCCAAAGACCAUAAAUUUGAUCCUGAUGCUCAACAAAAUCAUCUGGAAAGUUCCCCUUUAGCGACUGUGCAGGAUCAUGUUGGUUCUCCUGGAAAUUCAGAUGGUGUACAUAUUGGUGAAGGUGAAAGUGCAAAGUCCUUCGAUUCUCCAAAGCUGGGAGAUGGUGAAAGCAAUGAGAGCAGGAAUCUUGCUUCUUGUCUGAUCAAACAAUGCGAAGAUUUAUUGGAACAAUUGAAUAGUGUGAAGGGGUCGCAAUACCUUCUGCAUGGACAUGUUGAAUUGCAUACAUUGACAGUUGAAGUUGAGAUGAGACUUGCUGAUAUGAAGUCCUUAGCCUGCUACAAGUCCUCGCUGCUUCCCUUUUGGCAACUCUCUGAAAACAGGCUUCAGCAGCUUGAAGUUAAGAUCACUGAUGUCUUGCGGCAGUUAAAAUCUGAAAAGGAGAAUGAAGUUGCCUCAGCUGACUUACUUCCUGCAAACAGUUGCCGGGAGGUUGAUGCAAACUCUAGCGAAGAGAAGUUUGUUUCUGCAUUGGGUAGCUUUCAUACUCCCGGGCCUACUGGAAUAGCUGAUUCCCAUAAUAAUCAUGAAACUCAAAAUCACCAACCUACAGGUGAUGAAAAUGUUCCAUCAGAAAGACACUUGACUGGAUAUGCUGUUUCAGGAGCGUCUGAAGAAGAUAUGGAUGUUGACAUGGAAGUUGAAGAAGCUACUCCUUCAACCUAUUUAGAUAUUUCAGUUACAACUGAGCAACUUUCUCUUCCUACUUCAACAGUAGCGGACUCAGGGAUUUCUGUCCUGGGGAAAGUUUACAGUGUUCCUCCACCACCAGAUGAAGAUUGGAUUCCUCCACCUCCUCCUGAUGAUGAACCAUUUCCUCCGCCACCACCACCUGAUGAGCCCCCUGAAAUUCCAUAUUCACAACCAUCAGAUGUGGUUACUGUACCAUCUUUUCCUUAUAUGGAACAAUAUAACGUAUAUCCUAGCUCCCACUUUCAGUAUGCUGCUCAGAUAAGCUCUGAUGUCGCAAGCGCUAAUCUAUAUUCCCCAACCGAAGGAUGUCAACCAGCAGUUUCCCAGCUCCCGUUAUUUUAUGGAACAGUACCGGCCACUUAUAACACUGCUACAUUGGGAGUGGCCCCUGCCGAUACUGGUUUAUACUAUGGCUAUCAAGGUUCAAUAACACAACCGUUGGUCCUAAACUCGAGUUCCAAUUCACAUGGAAUCGUAGAUACCCAUGGUGGUCUAGGCAGUACUUUAUUGCCGAAAGAUGAUGGGAAUCCUGUAAAAGCAUCUUUGGAGAAUUCGUCCGCUGAAGCUCCAUUGCAGUCAUCAUCCACUACUUUGCUAACUGAGAGUGCUUCUCUCUCAUCAAUUGCUACCUCCACUGCAACUAUUUCUGCCUCCACAACAGCUCCGAAAGCCCAGUCUAAGGUUACACGCAACAAAAAGCGGACGGUGGCUGUGGUUUCCUCACUGAGGUCUAACAAGAAAGUCUCCAGCUUGGUUGAUAAGUGGAAAGCUGCAAAGGAGGAACUGCAAGAACAGGAAAAAGAACCUGAAAAUGCUUUGGAGAUUCUAGAGAGGAAAAGACAACGAGAAAUAGAGGAAUGGCGCAAGCAACAAAUCGCGAGUGGUGAAGCGAAAGAUAAUGCUAACUUUCAGCCCCUUGGUGGUGAUUGGUAAUUUACUUUGUAAUACUUAGAAGUUACUAGUAGUUAGUUAUAUGAGUAAAGCGUGUUCUGUGCAUGCUCUAAACUGUUGCGAUGUGUGCUGUGCAGGCGGGAACGUGUAAAGCGUAAGCGUGCUAAACUAGCCCAGGAAUCCCAGAGCCCUUCGGAUGGUGUUUCCGAAGUGAACAAUUCCCAGCCUGAUCUUGGUGAACUUUCAAGAGGUCUUCCACAAGGGUGGCAGGUAUUCUAGCAGUUACAUAAGGAUUCUUCUUAUUACAAAUAACCAUUAAAGUUGAAUAAAUUAGCCAGUGUUUCUCAUCUAGGACUAAAGUAAAUUGGGCCGAAUUAUAAAGGUUUAGUCCUCCAAAAUUUGUAUAUUCUGAUGUCUUUUUCCUCCUGGUUUCAGGCUUUCUGGGAUGAUUCCUCAAAACAAGUGUAUUAUGGAAAUGCAUCCACCUCGGAAACAUCCUGGAUUAGACCAACAGAUUGACAACUUUAUUAUCUUAGACAUCAAAGUUGUGUAGAUGUUUUCUCUUUUUACAGCAUUUUUAAGCGAUAAAUUUUGUAAAAGAAGAUGAGCGACCCAACAGUGUAUUAGGCCUUCCAUGAAUGUGAUGCCAACUCUCUUGCGCGGUUAUGCUUUGUGAUGUCAUUUACAUGGAAAAUAUAUUGAGCCUGUUUCUUCUUCUGUACCCUAUUGCGUGAUGUCUUGGCUAUUGCAAAACUGUAAUGAUGCCAUUUUGAAUCAAAUUUCAAAUCGAAUUCAGACCAAUCAUUUUGAAUUUCACAUUCUCAAAAUCAAGUACAAAAGAUAAAAUCCAUACAGGGGCUACUGUUUACUAAAUUGGAGGUUACUUCAGCCUCUUGUAUAUCUUUGCCAGGAACGACUUCAGCACUGCUUGGACGGCUUUACUUGGAUGAGCUUCAAUCGCCUUAUUUAGCUUCUCAUAACUCUUUUUCUCGUACUCCAAGAAUUCAUCCUUAAAUCAAAAGAAGAGUCCCCGUCAUCAUCUUUAAAAUUCCGCUAAAUGCAUGAAAAAGACUUGAAACAAGAAAUUGGGUACUAUUUUCCCACAAACAUCAACUUUCAGGGUUAAGGCAUUACUGAACUUGGAAUUUGGGCGAGUAAAGUAAGCUAACAAACCUGGGUUAACACAUUAUUGAACUUAGAAUUUGGGAGAGUGAAGUAAGCUAACAGACCUGAAUCUUGAGAGUAUUGUACAGCUCUUUCACUUUAGCCACGCAAGCUGGAUCCUCUUUUCCAUAGUUGUCCUGGUGAUGUAGGUUGUCAUAUUAUCGAAUCAUACAAAUCAUAGCAGUUAAUGCAAACACGUCGAUUAUCAAACUCACAUAUAGUAGCAUCUUUUGCUCCUCGUUGCUGAGUUCCAGGGCUUUUACUACCACCCAGGAGCAUUUGAAGUCUUCGAUGUCUGUCCCAACCUGAAUGUUUAAGAAUUUUACCUCAACACUUUCUAGCUCUUCAACCAAACGCAGAAAAGAAGAGAAUCUCUUUGAAAGGCUUACCUUGCCAAUAACCUCAGGAUCACCAAAACAAUCUAGAUAGUCAUCCUAUGGAGGGAAUAAAAAAUAAUUGAGAAGCCCACCCAUUUGUCUCACAAAACGUAAUAAAAAAUAGAAUUUUAAUUUCAAAACAAAAGCCAUGAAGAUGAAAUAAAAACGUAAACAAAGUUCUGGGCAUUCAGGAAACCAAAAGAGAACCCUUUGAAAUGCACAACACCAUCCAGCAAAACUCAAAUAUCCGAUUUUCCUGCUGUAAUGAUGCUCACCUGCACCUGGAAGUAGACUCCCAUUUCAAUAAGUAUAUCUUUCACAUCAUUAUGAUUGUCCAAGUUUUCUCCAAACAUCAGAAGAGCACAAGCUAC